CUUUAGUCUUAUAUAACAGCUUAACUUUAUUUGACCACGCACUUCACCCUCAUUUCCUCACUUCAGCUUGGACUGUGCACAGAUUUAACGGUAUACUUCCAAAAUAUAAGAACCAUGUCUGGAAAAGUUUUGUUGUACUACAUUAAUGGUAGAGGGAGAAUGGAGUCAAUCCGCUGGCUUCUGACAGUUGCAGAAGUUGAGUUUGAUGAGAUUUAUCUGACAACUCGUGACCAGUACUUGAAACUCAUAAGUGAUGGAGCUCUGAUGUUUCAGCAGGUUCCCAUGGUGGAAAUUGAUGGCAUGAAACUAAUUCAGACAAAAGCAAUCUUGAAUUACAUUGCAGAGAAGUACAAUCUCCAUGGAAAAGAUCUGAAAGACCGAGUCAUGAUCAACAUGUACUCAGAGGGACUGAUGGAUCUCAUGGAAAUGAUCAUGAUGUUGCCCUUCACCCCAGAUCCAAAACCAAAACUGGAGCAAAUUGAGAGUAAAGCAAAAGAGCGCUACCUUCCUGUGUUUGAAAAGGUGCUGACUGGGCAUGUGUACCUGGUCGGAGGUAAGCUGAGCUGUGCAGACGUGCAGCUGCUUGAAUGCACCCUGAUGUUGGAGGAGAAAUUCGCUGAAAUCCUUGCCAACUUUCCCAACAUCAAGGAUUUUCAGGGCAGGAUGACGCAGCUUCCCGCCAUCAGGAAGUUCCUGCAGCCAGGCAGCAAGAGGAAGCCGCAGCCAGAUGAGCAGUACGUAAAGACCAUCAUGGAGGUGUUCAACAUCACAUUACCACUGCCAUGAACCCAGUUCAUUCCUCACACCAGCAGUUUAAGUCAUUCACAAGGGAAUUAUACAAGCAUGUUCAAUAUGUGGAUCAAUUAUAUUUGCUGGUUUAUACUGAAAUAAAUACUGCACCAUCCAUUGCAACUCUUCAGCAUUUUCCUGUAAAAAUCUCCAAAAUAAAUGGUUUAUUUUUGAGGAAAAUUUGAAAAAA